UUAAUUAUUAUAAUUAUUUUCGACACGUGUUGAUCUUGUAAACAAACAAUCAGACGCUCAUUUCCAGCGAUAAGAAAAGCGUUUGCUGUCAGCGAUCGUCUUGUUUACAACAUGUCUGACGUGGAGUUUCACGAACAAGGAGAGCUGAAUGAUAUUUCUUUAGAAGGGGAGAUCACUGUGCCAGGUGUACCAUCUAACAAGGAUGAGUUCUCGACUCUGGAUGAGCCAGUCAAAGACACUAUCAUGCGUGACUUGAAAGCAGUUGGAGUUAAAUUUUGGCAUGUUCUGUAUCCCAAAGCUAGCACAGCACUUUUGAGGGAAUGGGAUCUCUGGGGACCACUGAUACUAUGUGUGUUCAUGGCAAUGAUGUUGCAAGGAGACACCCUUGACAGGAUGCACGACGGAGGGCCCCAGUUUGCGGAGGUGUUUGUCAUAUACUGGGUAGGAGCCGUGGUUGUGACGCUUAACACAAAACUUCUUGGAGGAAACAUCUCAUUUUUCCAGAGUGUGUGUGUGCUGGGCUACUGUGUCUGUCCUCUCUCCAUCGCUCUGAUAAUCUGCCGCUGUAUACUCAUCGCCAAGGUGCAGACCACCGUGCUCUUCAUCAUCAGAUUUGUUGCUGUUGUUGUUGGUUUCGGCUGGUCAACAUUUGGUACCUUCCAUAGACCGCUACCUUUUGAUGAGGUUUGAAGUCACUGGGCUCAAGCAUCCACUGCGUUCCUGGCAGAGAGCCAACCCCCGAACAGAAAGGUGCUGGCCAUGUACCCGAUAUUCCUCUUCUAUUUUGUCAUCAGCUGGCUCAUCAUCUCACAUACCCACUCAUAGCCUUGGACAAGGGCUUAUCAGACUUUGAUUUCUACAAGUCGAGGGUUACAAGAAAAACUGUUGUUUCUGAUACUGGAAGUGUUUUACAGAUACAACAGUUUAACAGUUGAUCCUCUAUUAACUCUAUUUAUUAUAUUGAAGUGGUGUUUUGUUGCAACUAAUGAAGAAUGACAUGCGUUUUAAGUUCACCGUUUGUUGAGCAGACAUCAUGCUAUGCAUGAUUAAAUUGCAGUUUUAGACAUUCGCUCUCGCCAGUUUGAAGAAAAAACUCAAUUGGUGUCCCCUUAGGGCGAUAAAAUGACGGACAUAUAUCAGGAAUGGAGAAAAAAGACAAAAUUUCUUUAUUCCUUUAAUCUUAUUUUAGAAUGGUUUCCCAAUUUUAUUUUUUUUUCUUAAAGUUUGGACUUGUCAUUGUUAGGUUACAAGCCCAUCGGGCUAGUCAUUUCAAAAAGCAAACUUAAGACUGUUAUUGAUUGUAGAGUAUCCUUUAUUUGGUGUUUCAUGGUGUUAUUUUGAAACCAUAAACAUUGCCAACUCGUUUGUAAGUUGUUUUACUUUAUUUGGAUAUUGAUAAUACAAACUCCUCAGUGGUGAGAGAAUUUGAAAAACACAUUAAAGAGUAAGUAACACAUUAUGACAUAAACUAGAUGCAUUUAGCAUACCUUAUUAACUGCACCAAAAUAAUGAUAGGAAUCCUGUAUGCAUACAAUGAACUGUUACCAAACUCAAAUUGAAUGUUUUAAUCUCACACAAACUUGGUUAACACUAGUUUACUGAUUCAUUUGUAAGAAGCUGUAUCCAACAUUAUGAUUAAUAAUUUUGAAUUGAUGAACCAGAGAUGUACAAUAAUGUUAUUCAGCAACUUUCAUGAUAACAUGAAUAACACAUUUAUUUUCGUGACACAAGAAAGUGUAAUUAUGGCAUUGAUUGAUAACAAAAUUUUCCUCUGCCAACUUUAAUUGUAAAAUCAGGUAACUGUUUGAUAACACAAUUUUAGCUCUACCCCCAUUUGAGAUCAUCAUGCUUCUCUGCAAGUGAAAUCUUACUUUUUUGCAAGAAUGACUAAUACAAAAAAUAUGCUUAAUUGUUUGCUUCAAAUGUUUUAUUUAUGUAUUAAAUAAAAGCUGAAAUAUUA